GAAGAAGGGUGCACGCCCUCGAGGGGGCGGGAGAGGAGGUGGGACGGCACAGCCCCUCCCCAUUGGCCCCCGCUGUGUUUAGCUGAGACACUGUUGCUCUCCCGGGAGUGAAGCCCAGUGCUGGUGGAGGAUCGACCUGAGCAGGACAAGUGAGGCUGACCCAGUCGUUGAAGCACCAUGACCAAGAAAAGGGUCGCCAUAAUUGGGUCGGGAGCAAGCGGGCUCACCUGUAUCAAGUGCUGCCUGGAAGAAGACUUGGAACCCGUCUGCUUUGAAAGGUCCGAUGACAUCGGAGGCCUGUGGAGGUUCCAGGAGAACCGUGAAGAAGGCAGGGCCAGUAUUUACAAGUCCGUGAUCAUCAACACCUCUAAGGAAAUGAUGUGCUUCAGUGACUACCCCAUCCCAGACCACUACCCCAACUUCAUGCACAACUCCCAGGUCCUGGAGUACUUCAGGAUGUAUGCUAAAGAAUUUGACCUUCUCAAAUACAUCCAAUUCAAGACCACAGUGUGCACCGUGAAGAAGCAACCUGACUUCUCUACUUCAGGUCAAUGGGAGGUGGUCACUGAGUGUGGAGGGAAAAAGCAGGUGGAUGUCUUCGAUGGAGUCCUGGUUUGUACAGGCCAUCACACGGACGCUCACCUACCCCUGGAAAGCUUUCCUGGAAUUGAAAAGUUCAAAGGAAAGUACUUUCACAGCCGAGACUAUAAGAACCCAAUAGAAUUCACCGGGAAAAGAGUCAUUGUAAUUGGCAUUGGGAAUUCUGGAGGGGAUCUGGCUGUGGAGAUCAGCCACACAGCCAAGCAGGUAUUCCUCAGUACCAGGAGAGGAGCUUGGAUCUUAAACCGCGUGGGGAAAAAUGGAUAUCCUACCGAUCUGCUGUUCUCUUCUCGACUUUCCUACUAUUUGUCAAAGAUCCUUAGCCCAUCAAUAGUAAACGGAUUUAUGGAAAAACAGAUGAACCAAAGAUUUGAUCAUGAAAUGUUUGGCCUGAAGCCUAAACACAGGGCUCUGAGUCAGCAUCCAACAGUAAACGACGAACUGCCAAAUCGCAUCAUUUCCGGCUUGGUGAAGGUGAAAGGAAACGUGAAGGCGUUCACGGAGACGGCCGCCAUCUUCGAGGACGGCUCCAGGGAGGAUGACAUCGACGCGGUCAUCUUCGCCACAGGCUACAGCUUUGCCUUUCCUUUCCUUGAAGACUCUGUCAAGGUCGUCAAAAACAAGGUGUCCUUGUACAAAAAAGUCUUUCCGCCUAACCUGGAAAAGCCGACUCUUGCGAUCAUCGGAUUAAUUCAACCCUUGGGGGCCAUUAUGCCCAUUUCUGAGCUCCAAGGGCGCUGGGCCACCCAAGUGUUCAAGGGGCUGAAGAAAUUGCCCUCACAGAGUGAAAUGAUGGAAGAAAUAAAUAAGGCUCGAGAGGAAAUGGCAAAGAGGUAUGUGGACAGCCAGCGCCACACUAUCCAGGGCGACUACGUAGAGACCAUGGAAGAGAUUGCAGAGAUGGUGGGUGUCAGGCCCAAUCUCCUGUCUCUCGCCUUCACCGACCCCAAGCUGGCAUUACGGUUGCUACUGGGACCCUGCACUCCAGUCCAGUAUCGCCUGCAGGGCCCCGGAAAGUGGGCAGGAGCUCGGCAAACGAUUCUGACCACAGAAGAUCGUGUAAGGAAGCCUCUGAUGACAAGGGUGGUUGAAAAGGGGGACUCCGGGGCUUCUCUGACGACGAUGCGCGUCGUCAUGCUAGCUGUUGUUUUCUUUGCUGUAAUCCUGGCUUAUUUUUAGAUGGGGCACUGUCAGCCUCCUGGCUUUCCCUGGAAAAGCCUCAUCUAGCAACACCUCAGAACCUGACAAGACUGAACACUGGGCAUCAUACUGCUCAGAAACCUCCACCCCCCCCUUCUCAUUUUUCCUUCUGCAAGGCUGGGUUUUCAUUUAUCAAUUCAUCUUCCUUCCUCUCUUGAGCCUCCACUUUUUCCUUCUGGAAAUUCCCAGACGAUGAAGUCAGGGCCUCUUUCCUCGUCUCCAUAUGUUAUCUGCAGAGUCCUCUUAAUGCUUGACUGCUGUAUUUCUAAUCUUGCACACCUCGACUUCAGAGUGCAAUCAUUCAUCCUGAAAAGACUGCUCCUGUUAUCAGGCACAUACUGGCUACAGCUUGACCUUGUAAGCAGAGGCAACACAUCCAGCUCAGGAAUUCCUGCAGGAGGACAGUCCAGCAAGAAUUAACCACUUAGUGCUGAGGGCUGGAAGUCCAGGAUCAAGGAUGCAGACAGUGAGGAAUUCCUGGCUUCAUAAUUAAUACAGUGAGGGCAUUGAAUGGCAAAACAGAAAACAUGUCCUGAAAAUAGCCAAACGAAUGGAAACACAUGAACUAUGAACCAAAGGCUGAGGGGCCCCCAGCUGGAUCAGGCCCUCUGAAUAGGUGAGACAGUUGAUUGGCUCGAUC